AUGAACCCCAAGACCAAGAGACCGCCGAGUCCAGAAAUCCUCUACACCCGACGAAAACGACAAGAGCGUCGCGUCGCUGAAGAACUGCGAAAAUGGUCAGAAAAGGAAAACCGGCCCAAUUCCAAUCCCUCUUCAACACCACAGAGAGUCACUCGAUCAGGAAAAUACGCGCCGGUCACGGUAUCUGCCGAAGCACUGAUAGUCGCGCAGAACAUCCUUCGUCGAUUCAAAAAUUACCAGGGUGUCUUCUUUACGCACUUGGAGGUUCAGAUCAUGUUCUUCUGGCACACGUGUCAAGCUAUGGUCGGGGCGAAUAUGGAUCCGGCACUGUCCAUGAUGAUCACCGGUAUUUUGGCACCUUAUGCGACGGAUAUGGAGCUUCAUACUCGAGCGACGGAGAUCCUCCGCGGCGAACGAGACCGCCUUAAUCAAGCCCAAGCUGCGGAAUUGAAUGAAAUGGUACAGUUGCUCGUUGCAAAUGGGGCUGAAAUACGGAGCUGGGAUACCUUGGCCCAGGGCACGAUGUUUUACUUCAAGGCUUCGAAUAUUGCUAUCACACAGAUACAACCUCCAUCGACGACAACUUCACCAUCUAGAGGAACACCCAAUGAAGCGUCUAUCCAGAUUGCGCAGAGCUUAGUUGUUCGUGAAGAAGCUCCUCCCACCCCGAAGGGUGUGAUGGUGGUGGCGAAGCCACAAGUGGAUACGCGAUUGGAGCAGCUUGAAGAGGAGAAUUGUCUCCUGACGGAAAAGGUCUAUUAUCUGGAGGAGGAGACAGUUCAGGUACAAGAGGAUUGGGAUAUCAUGGAGCGGAAACUCCUCGAGUCGGAGGCUGAGAACCGGCGGUUGAGGAACGUGUUGCUCGAGUCGGGGGAUGAGAAUCAGCGCUGGAGGAACUUGUUUGAAGCAUCAUUGCAGAUCUUCAGGGAACCGUGGGAUUCACUCAAAGAAAAACAUGAAAAUUGA